CCUUCCUCUAGGCCUUCCGCGUCGUUCCUGAAUCCACAAAAGUCUUCCUUCCCUUUCGCUGCCUUAGUACGUGCUUUGCAAGCAGCCUUCAUCGCAUACAUCAACAAAGCUCCUCGCUGCCUUCUCUCCGUCUCUCCAUCAACAUACAUUAUCCGCUUUGUAUUGUCUGAACGGUAGCACGGCGCCGCAUCCAUCCAUCCACAUCCGCUGAUACAUUUCUACCCUCGUGUCAACGAAAUCGGUGCAUCUGUUAAUCUGCACACAACCGCCGUUUCGACAACUUUACGUAUCACCAUCGACCGCUGAAAUGGCUGUGAUUUGGGGCCUCGACCUGCGUGAGAUCCAAUGGUGGAAGUUCAAGGGCUCUUACAUGUGGAACAACGAAUAUCACCUGCGGCGAACGAAGUUCAUCGUCUAUCAAAUCGCCAUGAUUUUCUGCGUUGUCUCGGAAUCCCUCGGCACAGCUGCAUUGUCAGACUAUAUCGACCAACAAGACUAUGUCGAGUCGAGAAAUCCAGGCACCAUCUUUCUUCACAAUGACGACUUCAUCGGCGCGGCCUCGUAUAACAUUUUCGUUGGCGUCUUCGUAGCUACCAUAUUCGGUGCCGGCUUCUUCUUCGAUCUCUUCUGGCCCGAACGACAUGAAUCCCGCCCCGUCAAGCUGGCAUGGCGUAUCUGUGCCAUCCUCGCCUCCAUUUUCGCCCUCUCGACCGCCCUGACGUUGACGAUAAUCGUUGCGACGCAUGAAGUAGGCGUAACUGGGCCUAAUAAGGAUCGGGGAAAGGCCGAGGCGAAAAACCGUGGACUGACUCCCUUUGAAUACCGCAAGAAUGGGCGUGCAAUUGCGAGUGUGGUGUUCAUCUGGCCUGGAUUCCUCGGUACAGUGGCAAGUACCGUUUUUCUGUGGACGAGCUACGCUCACAAUGAAAAAUUCGGCCCCAAGUCAACCCACGCUCGUGGUGAACCUUCCCCCAAAGACGUCGAGAACGUUGAGAUGGAAUAAGUCAGGGAUAGUCUUUUAGUUUGAUGAUGCUGUAAUGGGAAAAAAAA